AUCACAUCGCAGCACGCGAGAAAGCUGAAAAAUCAGUGCAGGAACCACUUGGUGAGAGGACAGCAGCAGAUUAGGUACCUGCCAAUUGGCACCCCCACUAGUUCUGUGUACCCACUUGCCACCUAUCACCUAGGGUGGACCACCUCCUCCUCCCUUAGAAAGCCUCUGUAAUAUACCCUCAAGUAUACCUUCACAGAAGGUUCAACAUAAUUCUAAACAAGUGAGAGCAAGGUGGGGUACUUUAAGAAAACAUUCAGCAGAUGAAGAUGUGGUGAAGUGUCAGAAGGUACAUGAGACAUUGUGAGAGCUUGUGGUGGAGGUAGUUCUUUACACAAAUGUUUCAAUAUGACAAGUAGACAUGCUGAAUUAUUUCUCUCUGAAUAAAAUUUGGGAAGAAUUCAGCAAUUUGGAAGCAUCCAAAAUUCCGAAUUCCUUUACAAAACUGAAACAAAACGAAAACAAACGAAUUCAGAACAUAUUAAAACAAAUCUUUUCAGAUCCAUUUGUUUCAUAAGGAUAGCAAAUUAGUGACUUAUCUACUAAGCAACUGAAAAAGCAAACUUAAGAAAAAAAAUUUUUUCCUUAAAGGACCACUCUAGGCACCCAGACCACUUCAGCUUAAUGACGUGGUCUGGGUGCCAGGUCCCUGUAGGAUUAACCCUUUUUUUCUAUAAACAUAGCAGUUUCAGAGAAACUGCUAUGUUUAUAAAUGGGUUAAUCCAGCCUCCAAAUCCUCUAGUGGCUGUCUCACUGACAGCCGCUAGAGGCGCUUGCAUGCUUCUCACAGUGAGAAUACGCAAGCAUCCAUAGGAAAGCAUUGUAAAUGCUUUCCUAUGAGACCAGCUGAAUGCGCGCGCAGCUCCUGUCGUGCAUGCGCAUUCAGCAGAAGAGGAGGAACGGAGGCGGAGAGGAGGAGGAGAGCUCCCCGCCCGGCGCUGGAAUAAAGGUAAGUUUUAACCUUUUCCUCUCCCCAGAGCCCGGCGGGAGGGGGACCCUGAGGGUGGGGGCACCCUCAGGGCACUAUAGUGCCAGGAAAAGGAGUAUGUUUUCCUGGCACUAUAGUGGUCCUUUAAGUUUGACCUUACAGCUGUUUAGUACAAAGCUCCCUAACUUGGUAUCCUUACGUGGGAUUGUCAUAAUUAAGGGCAAUUAAUUGAUGUAUUGAAACAAAAUAAAAUUUGUUUUUCGGCCAUGUACAUCUCUAAUGACAAUAUCAAAGUCAUGUGGAAAGUUGGACCAAAACUGAAAAAGAACUGUGUAUUAUUGGAUAUAAUACCAUUGAUAAGUUCUGGAGACAUAAUAUAAAACAAGGUCAUGAGUCAAAAACAAGGUCUGAUGACUAAUUAUAAUUGUCUUAAUUCAUAAAUUCUGUAUUUGAUUUCCUAUUUGCAUCAUGAAAUGGCAGAAAAGCCAUUUCAACGUGUUUUGUAAGAAAUCGUUAUACUUUGUCAAGAUCUUGACAUUGUUCUAUGUAACACUUUUAUAUGUAACACGUAGAUUUGUGCCUGUUCUAUGGAAGACAUGAAGUGUUGGGGCCUAAUAGAAUACUUUUCUAUUUUUUAAUACCUUAAACAGUUGAAUAAAUGUUGUUAUUAAUUUUAUUGAAGAAGCUGACACCGCUAUAUUUAUUGCUGAGAUUUGGAGUCACCAUUGAUGUUGGCUUUCAUGUGAUGUUCCUAAGAAGGGAUUGACGACCCCAUUACUCCACCAAUGAGCGAGUUUUCCAUUGAUAAUUAUUUAAACAACGUGCUCAGCAUUGCUCCACUUGAGACUGCUGCAUCGUGUGGAAAGUCAACUGUUUUACUUGUUCGUGUAAUCACAGCUAAAGUGGUUCUCUCCCAAAACAGAGAGUCUGACGUUAAAUUCAGGGGUAUUUUGCUGUGCGAAACUGGUUCGUUUAUUUGUAUUGGUUAAUGUGUACGCAAACCUGGGUGUUCUUGUGUGCAUUGUACACAUGCAGUGGAGUGUGGAUAUUUCUGUCUGCGUGUUUCACACAAAGACUUUCGCCAGACAAAAAAAACUUAAUAAAAAUGACAAGGUCACUUUAAAUGAGAAAAGAUUAGUGUUGAAGCACACAGCUGGUAAAUCUUCCCACAGUAUAAACACAGCCAUUUAACACUCUGUCUUGAUGUUUUGUUAUGGUGAUUGUCUCUCUCUGUGUUUUUCAAAGCCCUAGAAUGCUUGCACAGGAAUAACUAUUUUAAGUGAUGCUUCGGGCCCCACCUUAUCUGUUUACUUUAGUUUAGGCCUUUUGGGUUGUGUGAGAAAUAGCUUGUCGUGGUUUUUGGUAAGGAAACACAACGAUUUGAGUCUUCCUCUCCAUAGAAAUAGAGAUCUGGGUUCACUGAUUUCUCUGUGCAUUAACUUGCUGGCUUUUUUUGUCUAUGGAUAAACAAAUGGGCGAGUACAGGUACGGAUAAAAAAAAGUCUUAUCCUUUAGCCUAUGUGCACACAUCCUGCUUUAGUUUUUUUUUUCAAUUAUCAUCUUAUCUUCAUCAUUGUGUGCACUUCAACUACUUCCAACACAAAUGGCCAAUUCCUAGUUAAUGUUACACUUGGACCCUACGACGUGCUAAAUCGCCUAUAUGGCCAGGCAAAACAAAUUUUUCUUAUUUAAAUUCAUCUUCAUCUUCAGUUGUUUGGAACAAUCUAUCAAUUUAUUGUUCGUUUUUUCACAGUUGAUUUCCCAUGGAAAACAAAUUAACGGUCUACGGUACCAUACUGGUAUUGUCAUAACAGUCCUAUAGACCAUAAGCUUGUUUUAGCAGGGCCCUCUUCAAUCUAUUGUUCCUGAAAGGUUUUGUAAUUGUCUCAUUUAUUGUUAAAUCUCCCCCUUUGAUAAUAUUGUAAAGCGCUAUGGACUAUGCUGGCGCUAUAUAAAUACCAGUAUUAAUAAUAAUAAAAUAGGCAGUAAACGCCCUUUUCUUCAGAGAAGAGUACCGCAAAUCAUGUCCAAAAAGCUUCCACAGCAAAGCCUAGUAGCCCAAUUCUCUCUCGCUUUGUCCUAAUGGUACUUUUUCUGUGAAUUCAGUUAGUCAGGAAAUCAUUUAAAUACACGUUCCAAUAAAUUUGAUAUAAAAACCGUUUGUGCAGUUAAGUCCAUAUUUGCUAUGGAGGUCGGAUACAUCACUGAAUUAAUACUACACAAUUUUGAUAGGUCACAAUGUCAUAGGACAGUGAUGGGGCAGGGUCCACAUUAGGUUUUUUUUUUUUUUUUUUUAUUCUUUAUUUUUGUAGUGCAGGGGAGUACAGACAAAUGUAAUGACACGUAGUAACAAUAUAACUUUGUUUACAAUCAUAUGGGUAAAUGAGGCAGGCAUCCUGUCUCAAUAAACUGCACUUUUUAAAUUUAUUUUUAUUUUUUAUAAAAGAAGGAAUAUACAUGCGGAAUAUACAUGACUGAAUGUGAGUCUAGGUAGGAGAUGCAAUAACAAGAAGUAUUGGACAGGCUAAUUGCUAGGUAUGUCAGAGAGGCAACGGGUUGGUGUGCUAGAUAGGGUGAUCCUGACUAACCUAUUAAUUAGAUAGCGUGGGUCUGGACUCUCAGAAAAUUAGUUAAAGGAUCACUAUACGGUCAGGAACACAAACAUGUAUUCCUGACCCUAUAAUGUUAAAACCACCAUCUAGCCCCCCUGUUCCCCUCAUGCCUCCAUAAAUAUAGCAAAAUCUUACUGUAUUCAAGUCUGAAGCUGUAACUCUGCAUGCUUUUUGUCUCAGAAAAACAAGCAGUCUGCUGACAUCAUCAGAAUGGUGGCCUGGUCCAAUCACAAUGCUUCCCCAUAGGAUUGGCUGAGACUGACAAAGAGGCAGAUCAGGGGAAGAGCCAGCAUGAUUCAAACACAGCCCUGGCCAAUCAGCAUCUCCUCAUAUAGAUUAAUUUAAUCAAUGCAUCUCUAUGAGGAAAGUUCAGUGUCUGCAUGCAGAGGGAGGAGACACUGAAUGUUUGGAUACAUUUUAGGCAGCCAUGAACCAGGAAGGAUCUGUAAUUUGGGUUCCAUUUUAAUUUGAAAUCUUUACCUGUUGUUAGCUGUUGCUGGCUUCUGGUGGGGAUUUUUUCUUCUUUGUUUUUCAGAUGGAUUCCGUGGCUGAAAGUGAUAUGACAGCAAUCCUGGAGGGUGUGAAGGCAGCGGUCCGACAGCAUGGAGCAGCUUGGAUGGAGCAGCAGUUGGGGGCAGCACUGAGUGCGGCAGGGCCGUCGCCGGCGCGCAGGACAGCGCGCCGGACCAGGCCUCCACAACGCUUAAGCCCUGAUGCCGGUGCUGGCGCGGUUAGGAGCCGCAGCCCGUCAGCAGGCAUGACAGGGACCUGCACCAGGAGAAGUGGCGGCCGGGCUAGGAUUCGUGGAGGUGGCGGCCCGGGGGUGACCACACACCACGGCCGUCAGGCAGAGUCUGAGGUGUGCGGUCAGGAGAAGAUGGCGCCGCGCCGCCCGGCGGCGGUGAGGAGCGCAGUAUCAGCAGAGGCAGCAGACCUGUUACAAGCAGCAGGCUCUGCUAGGAGCACAGAGCAGGCAGCUGGACGGAGUAACCGCGGUGAGUCGUCCCCUGGGGCAGUUAGGGCAAAAAGGGGGCAGAAACAGGGGUUGGUAAAUGAGGCCCUUGCAACCCAGUCAGGUUCCGCUGAGGAUGGGGCAGCCAGCAGGGGCUUGGACAGCAGGGGACAGUCGGCACCUACAGCCUAUUCCAGGGUAGGUAGGGAAGCACCAAGAAUACACAACAGGUUGCAGGCUAGGGCCAGGCCGCAAGCGCCCCUCCCCGCAGCGCAGCAGUCACGGGCAACGGGCCAGAACAAGGAUCAUUGGGCGCUGGUGACAGGCGGUGGGGUCACAGCAGGCAGUGGCAUGGCCCCCUCCCGGCCUGGUGCAGGGGUGGGGCGCUGUAGGCCAGCGGAUCAGCGGGCGGGCAGGGAUUGCCGCGCUCAGGAGAGGACAGAUAGCCCCACAGAGCGGCGCAGAGACAGUGGGGGGGACAGGAGAGCUAGCCAUCGCUCCAGGAGUGAACGGCGGAGCAGGCAGCGCAGUAGCAGCGGGGAGUCUGCGGAUGGUCGUUGCUGUGGCUCACCUGUUCGGGGAGCAAUCUCGCGGGAGAGUGCCUCCAGGUCAAUGAGCGGGGGCUCUCCCGACAGGCGGAGCAGAAGUUUUUCCGGGGAUAGAUAUGGCCGUAAGGGCCAGCAUGCCAGGAGUAGCAGUCCACGUAGAGGCCCAAUGGGUGAGGUCAGGGAGGAUUUGGGUUCUGAUGACGGCCUCCCCAGUUUUUCUUCUUUUGUUCGCAGGCCAUUGGAUGUCGGGUCAGCAGGCCGCAGGAGGCCUCAGGACAGCAGGGAUUUGACAGCAGCCUCGCCGGGAACAUCUCACGGCGGAGUUCGGGAUGCAGCCCCAGGAUCAGCGACACCAAGGGGUUUGGUCGGUGAGUCUCACAGUACACCACACUCUGGAGAUUUGUUAGAGGGUCUGAAAACAUUUCUUGCAUCAUGGAGUCCAGGUUUGGAUAAGGGGGCUUCGUUUAGCAAGGCGUGGUUGCCGGGGUCGUCGGGUUUGGGGUUAGGAGAGAAACCAGUCUCCGAACGGGCCGGGAGCAGUGCAGGUGAGCUGGUAGCAGCCUCAGCGGGGUCAGCAGCCACGGAAGUGGCGGCUGAGAGGGAUAUACUAAUGGGGGAGAUUCCAGAUGCAGCAAGGCAGAACGUGCAUGUGUCGUUUGCGGGGCCGUUGGGGUGUCACCUAAAAUUAGAGGUUAAGGAAAGGUUAUGGAAAGGGGAAUUUGUGGAGAUCUUCUCCCUUCUCCCCUUGGAGGAAUACCUAGACUUGAAGGAAGAAGACAAAAAGGAUCCCAAGAAAGAGGAGGAAGAAAAGCGGCGUCGUUAUAGGAAAAUCCCGAAAACUUUCGGGAACUGGCUGCGGGCCUUUUGCAUACUGGCGAGUGUACUGGGGGAAAAGGCCCCAGAGAAAUGCUCGCAAUUCUUCUGUUACUUAGACGGGGUGUGGGAGGCUUACCGCACAUACGGUGGCCUAGCAUGGUGGCGGUACGAUGAACAGUUCCGUCAGAGGCUUUCGGCUAAGCCGGGAAUGAGGUGGGACCAGAUGGACCUGCCAUUAUGGAUGAAGCUAAUGAUGGCUCAAAAGGCGGCUCCCUUUCAAGGGGGGGCUGGCGUCGGUUCCUCUUCCACCUCGUCGGCUGCGCAAAGGAAGGGAUGUUGCUGGCUCUAUAAUGAGGGCCAAUGUAAGUGGGGCUCCGCAUGCCGCUUUAGGCAUGAAUGCUCUGGAUGCGGUGGGGGGGGACAUGGUUACAACCGGUGUUUCAAGAAGGGCAAGCCCACUACAACAGGCGCGGCCGGAGGCGCUGCAGCACCAUCCGCUGCCUCUGGGGCGGUCUCCGGUGAGGGUAGACGCGAUGCUCCCUUGGCUAAACAGCUACGGUAAGCGGGAGGAUGCCCGUCUAUUGUUUGAGGGAUUUACUAGGGGUUUCAUCAUUCCCUUCAGGGAUCGGGUUGUGGUUCCCCGUUUCCGUAAUUUGCGCUCAGUGGGUGAACAUCAUGAUGUGGUAUGUGGUAAAUUGCUUCAGGAGGUUCGCCUGGGGCGGAUGGCGGGACCGUUUAGGGAACCACCGCUGCCGGAUCUUAGGGUUUCCCUUUUAGGCGUAGUGCCAAAGAAGGAGGCGGGAAAAUUUCGCCUUAUCCACCAUUUGUCAUACCCGAAGGGGUCAUCAGUCAAUGAUGACAUUGACGGGGAUCUCUGUUCGGUUUCCUAUACAUCAUUCGACCAAGCGGUCGAGCUGGUAAAGGAAGCAGGACAGGGAGCGUUGUUGGCUAAGGCGGAUAUAGAAGCGGCUUUCCGCCUUUUGCCCAUUCACCCAAAGUGUCACCACUUAUUAGGUUGUUAUCUUGAUGGAAACUAUUUUGUGGAUCUGUGUUUGCCCAUGGGAUGCUCCAUUUCAUGUGCGUACUUUGAGAAAUUUAGCACGUUCAUGGAAUGGGUAGUGAGGGAGGAAGCAGGCACCAAGUUUGUGGUCCAUUACCUGGACGAUUUCUUGUGUGUCGGGCCGGCUGGCUCUGACGCUUGCCGCUUUAGGCUACGGUGUCUCGAAUGGGUCAGUCAGGUAUUUGGGGUACCUCUGGCUCGCGACAAAACCGUGGGGCCUACUACAUGCCUGAGUUUUUUGGGGCUUGAAAUAGAUAUGGUCGCGGGGGAAUGCAGAUUACCACAAGAUAAGUUGGAGUCUCUCCGCGAUGCCGUUUCAGAGUUGCGUAGGGCAAAGAAGGCGACACUGCGGGCUAUACAGUCUUUGCUGGGGCGGUUGAAUUUUGCAUGUCGCAUUAUCCCGGUAGGAAGGGUAUUCAACCGGUUCCUCGCCAAAGCCACGGCGGGUGUGCGGUCACCUCAUCAUUUUAUCAGGGUCACCGCUCCGAUGAAGGAGGAUUUGGGUGUGUGGGAGGCCUUCCUGAGGGAUUUCAAUGGGCGAGUCUUUUUUAGGGAACAGUGUAUCGAAUCACCCGAGUUAGAGCUUUUUACCGAUGCUUCGGGGCUUACUUUGCGGGUCAUUGGUGUGCGGAAAGAUGGCCCGAACAUUAGGCGGUCAGCCCACAGAUUCGGAACUUGGCUUUUCUCGAAUUGUUCCCAUUAGUGGUAGCGCUCUCCUUGUGGGGCCAGGCCCUACGUGAUAGGAGAGUGGUUUUCUUUACGGACAAUGGGGCUGUCGUGGAGGCUGUGAACAAUCUUUCGGCGGCGUCGGUCCCAGUAGUGCGGCUGCUUCGCCAGUUUGUUUUGUAUUGCAUGCAGUUGAAUAUUGUUUUUCGUGCACGUCAUGUUCCUGGAUUCUUGAACGUAAUUGCUGAUGCACUUUCUCGCUUUCAGUGGGAAAAAUUUCGGGUGGAGGCUCCGAACGCACAAAGGGAGGGUCUGCCAUGUCCGGAUCACAUGUGGCGUCUCGGGACCUCCUGCUUGGAAGACUGAUAAUGGAUUCGUUGGCUCCGGGCACGUUGGCGGCGUAUAGUAAAGUAUGGGAAAGGUGGGACGAAGCAUUAGGCUGUACGGGGGACGUGGUAUCCGCAAAGGUACGUCUCGAUACGCUAUUAUGGUUUCUUUGCAGGCUGUUCGCAGCGGGGGCUUCUCCGGCAGUGGUCGGCCGGAACCUGGCAGCAUUGGCGUUCCUCUUCAAGCUUCGUGGGUGGGAAGAUUCGACAAAAUCCUUUAUGGUGCGGCAGGCAGUGAAGGGUUACCGCAAAGGGAAGUUAUCACCUGACACUAGGAGGCCGGUGUCUUUUAGGUUGCUUCAACAACUAUUGGGUACCCUGCCGGGUUUAUGUUUCUCUUUGUUCGAGGUCUUGCUAUUUAAGGUGGCGUUUGUGUGGGCGUUUUUCGGGGCUUUUCGGGUGAGUGAGAUUGUAAGUAGCAACAGGCUUAGACCAGGUGGUCUCCAGUUCGCGGACGUGGACGUAGGGGUGGAACAGGUAGCUAUUCGACUACGGCGCUCGAAGACGGAUGUCUUUGGGAGAGGUCGUACGAUAAAACUAUUUUCAAUACCUCAGGUGGAGGCUUGCCCGGUGGGCAGUGCUCGGCGAUAUGGGGAGCUCCGUCCGAAGGGGCAGGGUUCCUUUUUUUUUUUCGCAAUGCGGACGGGUCGGCGUUGUCGAAAUUCCAGUUCAACAGGGUCUUUAAGUUGGGCUUGGAACGCCUGGGCCUGGAUCCCACGCAGUUUGGCACCCACUCCUUCAGGAUCGGGGCUGCCACAGAGGCGGUGAGGUUAGGCCUAGGGGAUGAGUUAGUUAAAAAGAUUGGGAGAUGGGAAUCGAUCAGGUUCCGUUCCUAUGUCCGGCCUGAUCUUUUAAUGUAAACAAAUUUAUGUUAUGGGGUACAAUUACGGUGGUCUUGUGGUUAUGAGUUAUUUCUUUUAUUUCAGGUGGAGUUGCAUGGAUAGUAGGCCAUUCAUAUGUCUACUGGGCAGAACGGAGAGCUGCAGUUCGGAGAGAAGGCACGCAGCUCGGCUUUCCUUCUGAUGUGUUACGGUUGUUCUGGUUUGGUUUUCGGGGUUUCGGUUGGAGAGAUACGUGUUUGGAGUUAUUUCGGAAGAUAGGUCAAGGGGAAGUCCCCGAUUUCAUAUUGUUCCACACAGGGGGGAAUGAUUUUGGUCUGGUGCCGCAAAGGGAAUUAGUUCGUGGGAUAAAGAGGGAAGUGGAUAAGUUGAGGUCCUUGCUUCCCGGGGUGGUUAUUGUUUGGUCGGAAACGGUACCGCGUUUCCGGUGGCGUCAUGCGCGGGAUUUCGCAGCUAUGGCGAGAUAUAGACGCAAGUUCAACAAGUUGUUGGCAACUUUUAUUAAAAGGUCUGGGGGGGUAGUAGUGAGGCACAGGGAACUAGAGGAUAUGUUACCAGGAUACUUCAGGCAUGAUGGAGUUCAUUUAUCGGAGGUGGGUUUGGAUUUCCUUAACUUAGGCUUUCAGGACGGUCUUAGACAGGCCCUGUUUAUUCGGGGUGGGGGCGCACAGGAGGCUUGAGGUGGUCAAGCUCUGUGCUGUGGCGGGGGAUGGAUUAGGUUAAUUGGGGGUAGGUCGGUUUUUGGUAAGUGGGAUAGGUCAGGAGGAAUACUUACCUUUAGAUUUGGUGGUAGGUUCGAGCUCGGCGGUAGCUACGAACCUGGGGGUGUAGGGGUGUCUCGGUAUGCCCCUACACUGGAAAUGGAUGCCCUUGGUGGCUGGGAUAAUGGUGUAGGGGUGUCUUGGUAUGCCCCUACAGUGGAAAGGGAUGCCCUUGGUGGCUAUGAUAAUGGCGUAGGGGUGUCUUGGUAUGCCCCUACAAUUGGAAAUGGAGGCCCUGGGUGGCUAUGUUAAGGUUUAUGGUAUUUAUGCUAUGUUAUACUGUUAGUUGGAUGUAUUCUGUAAAUAUGUUGGAGGUCAUUGUCUGGGUAUUUAGUUAUGUUAAUUGGGGGGAUGUCUUUUCAAGCGUUGUUGACAAUGACCUUUUAAAUUUAUAUUUUAUUAUUUAUAUAUAUUUAAUAAAGCCGUGGAAUAUUUUGCCAAUUCAUUCAUGUGUCUGUGAUUAUUAAAGGUUAUAAUUGGUUUAUAACAGGAAUAGGCCAAAAAGACGACUAUGCGCAUGUCAUGACACGUAGUAACAAUAUAACUUUGUUUACAAUCAUAUGGGUAAAUGAGGCAGGCAUCCUGUCUCAAUAAACAUGUAUUCCUGACCCUAUAGUGUUAAAACCACCAUCUAGCCCCCCUGUUCCCCUCAUGCCUCCAUAAAUAUAGCAAAAUCUGUCUGAAGCUGUAACUCUGCAUGCUUUUUGUCUCAGAAAAACAAGCAGUCUGCUGACAUCAUCAGAAUGGUGGCCUGGUCCAAUCACAAUGCUUCCCCAUAGGAUUGGCUGAGACUGACAAAGAGGCAGAUCGGGGAAGAGCCAGCAUGAUUCAAACACAGCCCUGGCCAAUCAGCAUCUCCUCAUAUAGAUUAAUUUAAUCAAUGCAUCUCUAUGAGGAAAGUUCAGUGUCUGCAUGCAGAGGGAGGAGACACUGAAUGUUUGGAUACAUUUUAGGCAGCCAUGAACCAGGAAGGAUCUGUAACAGCCAUCUGAGGAGUGGCCAGUGAAGUUAUCACUAGGCUGUAAUGUAAACACUGCAUUUUCUCUGAAAAGACAGUGUUUACAGCAAAAAGCCUGAAGGUAAUGAUUCUACUCACCAGAACAAAUUCAAUAAGCUGUAGUUCUGGUGACUAUAGUGUCCCUUUAAUUAUUUAUUAUUUAGAUAAAAGGCUUAGACAGGCCUAGGUAAGGGCUGGAGACAUAUGGAUAUACAUGUAUAACAAAGCAAUGGGUUAGUGAUGCCAGAGCACAAAAUAAACUAUUAAACAAAGCCAGUCAGUUACCAGAAAUACAGAGAACAUAGGAACGCACUCUCGGGUUACUAAGACUAUGACACGGCAAGGAAGUGAUGUCAGAGAAGGGCUUAAAUAGGCAUAAGUGUGUGACGACUGGUUGAAAAAUCAUUAGGACAGUUAGGGUAAUUAUAUAAAUAUGUGUUUUAAGCCCACAAGUGAUCUGGGCUGCUGUCACAUUAAAUUUAGGAUGAAAUCAUGCUUAUCAUAAUGAUGCAAUAGUGCGCGCCCCUAUUGCGCAUGCCUGUGUUCAGCUGCGGCCGAAUGACAGGAUUCGGCAUCAAACAGAGGAAGUUCGGCUGAGUGAUGAGGAAAGAUGCGGCAAGGACCGAAUGGAGGUAUCACAGCAGAUUUCUGCAAGGGUCCUAUGUGUGUGCAUGGGAAAGACUAAAAUAGUAUACAAGUUCCUAUCACAGGCUCCAUCUAGACACAGGGGUGAGCGCUAAAACUCCACGGAAUUCCUCCUGCCAUAAUAAAUAAGUACAGGUGCUGGGCCCCUUAUGGGACAUUGUUACAUACGUUAUAACGCUGCAAGUGUCCCAUUAGCAAGUCACGUAAAAUGAUUAUUAUAAUUGCUGUUUUGAAUUGAAUUGAAAGGACUGUGUGGUUAAAUAAAGCCAGCUGUCAGUCAUUUGGAUUUGUUUUAGGUAAUGAUCACACGUGAUAUAAAAUGUACAUCCAAACAGACAGUGUUAUAUUUAAAAGAAAUAUUGAAUAAAGAAACUGUCCAUAAAAUUCUGUGAACAUUCUAUUAUAGUGGCUUUGUCACAUCCAAGUAGUCUGUAAAGAUACAUUUUUUAAGAAAUACUUAUAACUGACUGCAUUGGAAUUUCCCUGAAACUCCACCGUAUUUAAAAGCUAUAUUAAGAAAAGGUAGAGACUACUUUGUCUUACAGGCAAAUCCGAGUUUGACACGAGUUGACAAAAGGCGUAGCUUCCCCUAUCAGCUUUUGUCAUUCAUUCUAGAAUAAAGGUAUUUAAUUAGUUAUCUUUAUCGUUGAAUCAAGGCAUGUUUUCUUCUAUAUGGAAAAGACACUGCAAUCCAGUUUUUCAGGGCUUCCCGCAGAGACAGAACCUUUAUGUAUGCCUCUCCUGGAUACAGGUACAUUUUGUUUUUUUAAAAGAUGCCAUAAGCAAUCGGUGCUAAUUUCCAAUGCUGCAAAGAGAUUAUCAGCAAAAAUGAAGUAAAAAAUUAUAAUUAAAAAAAUCACUGUGCAAAUUAAAGGAACACUCGACUGGAGUAUCCCUUUAAAUAUGCCUUCAAAAGGGGAUUAAAUGUUAAAUAUAAAUAGGGCUCAUAAUUUCAAGCCCUAUGCUACUAGACAAGCAUAAGAGUUACUAGCCACUGCAAGCCUGGAAGGUCCAUGACUCAACGGGGCUGAAUUUUCACUUGCACUCUGGCUACUGUAGGAGUGAAAAAUGUUAAACCAGGAGAUUAAAGAAUAACUAACUAUUUACAAGAGGUGUAUCACUGAUCAACACGCUCAAAUUUGUUAUACUAAUCUGGCCUUUAUGGCUUUAUUGUGCAAUCUUGUAUUAUUUUGUAUUGGAGGCUUUUCCGUGGAAUGAGGUACGAUAUUCUUUUAUUAGAUAUCCCUUAAAAUCUGUACUGAUUUUGAGAUGAGUAUUAUCCUUCCUUCUCUAAUUUAUUUUCUUCUCUUUGAAAUAUGAUUUAUAUUCUGUGCUAUUUAAAUAUUUAAAGUGACCCUUUAAAUAUUUGCACAAAAAAACAGGUAAUUGUGUUAAAAAACAACAACAAAAAAAUAACCUCAAAGUUUACAAUUUCACUUUUUUAAAACUAAAUAUCCUCUCUGUUCAUCUAUCCUUGUGGGUGAGUCUGACUGACCGCUAAGGUUUAUGGCUUUAAAUGGCUUCAAUGUUGCCCAAUUGCAUGUGAUGGCCAGGGGGUGGAUGAUAAAGCUAUCUUCAGAACGGCAAUAAAUCACCAGUCUUCAGUAGUGAUGUCCCGAACGGUUCGCGAACCGUUCGGGACAUCACUAGUCUUCAGUUUUUAGAGAACUUCUAUAGCCGUAGCUAACCAGAUGAACAAAAAAAUAAAUAAAGUGGAGCUAAUUAAAUAAUAUAGAAAUAGUACAUACAUUGUAGGUUGUGCAUGCUUUAGAACAUGGGUACAAAAUUAUGGCCCUGCUCCCACAGAAGGCUGAAAAACAUUAAAAUUAUGUUAUAGGGGUUCUGGUGCGUAGAGCGACCAUUUAAUUAAAAAAAGUUUUACAAUUGCAAAUAUUGUCACCAGUACAGCGGGAUUAAAAGAUUACAUUUUACAACCACAUACAUGUGUUCAUCGGAUUGCCCACUCUUUCAAAAACAUAUAAAGUAUAAAGUCUGAUUUGUAUUCUUUCAAUGUUAUUAAUGAUACUCAAUUAGCAUGCAAAUCUGAAAAAACUGUCUAAAAUUAAAAGGGGACUGGACUGUCUGUCACUUCAUUGUAAAUUACACUCGUAAAUAAAACAAUGAAAAUCGCCUAUAACUUUUGAUGCUUCAUGUUCCUUUAAAUCUGUAUUGACAUCAGAAACCAGAUCAGUCCAGGCACAGCGAAGGCAUGCAUUGCUGAUAAACAAUAUGGAAUCAUUGUUUAAUUUCAAUUCCUUCUCUUUAUGCUGACUGCCAGAUGCCUAAGACACAGCUUAUUACGAGGAUUUGUAUGGUGCUAACAUGGAGGCCCCCAGUUCCAGAGAAAAGAGAUACAGAGAUACAUUUUAAAAAUCUUUUCAGGCCUCACAAUCACCUAUUUGUUAAAGAUAGAUAGGUAAAAUUAAAUAUUGGCUUUGUAAUUGUCUCAGGUGACAGCAUAUUGGUUAUGUGCAAAAUUAGAAUAAACAUAUUUUAGGGUAUUUUGCUUAAUUGUGAUAUUGAUUCGAAAUAUAUGUGUAAAAAUUUAGACCCCUUCCCAUUUUUGUGUAUAUAUAGAUGUGGUUUUUGCCCUACAUUAAGGCCUUGUGAGUUCACUGUACCUAGGCAACACUUUGAAAGCAUCUCUUGAAAGGGAAACAUGUUAAGGGAUACGAUGGUCACUAAAACAACUUUAGCUUCAUUAAGCAGUUUUGGUGUAUAGAUCAUGCCUCUGAAGUCUCACUGCUCAAUUAUCUGCCAUUUAGGCGUUGAAUCACUUUUGUAUAUGUUUAUGCAGCUCUAGCAACACCUCCCCUGGCUGUGACUGACACAGACUGCAAGAAAACAAAAUGGUUUCAUUUUCAAUCAGAGGUUAACUCACCUUAAAAUACAGGAGGCUUCUGCAAGGUCUAGCAAGCUAUUAACAGAGCAGGAGAUAAGAAAUCCUAAAUUAAACAGAAUAUGGAAUGAAGGAAGUACAAACAUUAGGUGUCUCUUUAUAGGAAGUGUGUAGGAUGGCUGUGUAAGUCACAUGCAGGGAGGUGUGACUAGGGCUACAUAAACAAAUUUAUUAAACUCCUAAAUGGGAGAGAAUUGAGCAGUAAGACUGCAGGUGCAUGAUCUAUAUGCCAAAACUGCUUCAUUAAACUAAAGUUGUUUUGGUGACUAUAGUAUCCUUUUCAUCUUUGGAACCAGGUAGCUCACACUGUCGACACACUGUGGGAAAGAAAGGGUAGUGAUAAUUACAGACUCCAACCUCAUUUAUCUUUAAAGGAAUACUGUAGUAUUAGGAAUACAAAGCAAUAUUUGUAACACUAUAGUGUCUCUCUUCUCCUUCCCCCCAUUUCAAUCCAAGUCCCUCGGCGAUGGCUCUGUCUCCUCUGAUGUCAUCAUGAGGGGGAACCUAAUGAUGCAUUAGGCCUUCCCCAUAGAAAAGCAUUGAAUAGUAGACAGUCACUAUAAGCAGUCUUAAUCUUGCAAUUAAAACAUUGCAGUUUCACUGUUCUGAGUUCAUUUUAUUUGUUACAAUGCCUUUAUAGCAAGACAGCAAUACAUUCCCCACUACUGCAACUACCCCCCCACACACACACCACCCCCACACACACAACUGUAAGGGCAAUCAUGGCAGUAUAUCACCCUCUCUUAAUUACCUUGAUGGCAGGCUUGUAAUCCCCCUAUAUACUACCGACCACCAUUUACCCUCAUGGUAUCCAAGUUAUAGCCACUCAGCGUUUCUGCAGGCUGAGACACCGGCAGUUCGGCACAGGACAUAAUCCCAGGUCCCUAAAUUCUUUCCAGGGAGAUAAACCCAUCCCUAAUCAGAGGGCAUGCAGCUACCUACCUACCUACUCCAGCAUAUAGAUAAAACCUUAUAUAAACGCAACAGCUCUGGCCCCAAUCGUUUACCUCUGACACUGUACUGUGUGACACGAUGCCUCUGUUAACCCUGUUAUUGUCCUAUGAUGUCUCUUUAAACCCAGGGCAUCUGGGCACAAGAAAUACAUAAAAUAGCCAAUAACUUAGAAUAAACGUUGAGACCACUUACUCACACAGACGGGCCUAUCAUGCAUGUACUUACCCAUUAGCUUAUCUUUAACACCAACAACACAAAAGAAGGAACAGAGGCUAAUGUUCUGUUAUUAUCAGGUCACAAUAGCAAGAGCUUAGCUUAGCUGACUUGGCUAGGGUUCUCUUGUACCACCUAGACUGAUAGCCUACCACUCACCCUCUCCAGGCCAUAUUGAGAUGCUAAGUUCGUGCAGUGUCUCACCCUGAUGCUAUGCUUAGCUUGGUUUUAUGUAUAAUUUAUAUGUACGCUUAGUGAGAUAUAUCUCCCCCAUUCAGAUUAAGGAUUUUAGUCUAUAAAUUCUUAUAAAUAAAAUGUGCAAUGUUUUCAUAGCCACACCAACGUUAUACUAUGCCGGUUGCUCAGUUUGCAUCAGCUGUUGUGGCAGUGCAAACCUGCUUGUUUAACCUAUGCACAAUUAAAAUAAAGAAUUAAAAUAAAAAACACUGCAGUUUCUCAAAAACAGCAAUGUUUUCAGCUGCAUGGUUAAGGGGACAGGGACACUGCAUCCAAACUACUUCAAUGAGAUGAAGUAGCCUGGGUGCCUAUAGUGUCCAUUUACCUAACUGUUCACAAGAUGAAAGAAGAGGUAGAGAUAUUCACUGAGUCCCCUGGCAAAGGUAAGGAGGAGGGGGCAAAAAAUAUUAGAGAACACACUCAAUAUCCCCUUGAAUAAAACAUUUGCACCUCCCACAAACAGCCUUCCAAUCCACAUACGCAACCCCCCCGUCCACACAAAAUGCAACGCGCAAACACAAAAAAAAUAUUCCCACAUACAGUUUCUCCAUACACUACCCAACCUCGCAACAUUUCAAAUGGACAAAGAGGGAUACUUUAAUAUUAGGGGUGUGACUAGGGGCGGGGCUGUGCCAAGAAAUUUUCGGUGACUUAUUGAAAACACUUUAUGCAACUAAAUUGUAUUUUAGAAGAACAUUAUAUGUAAUUCACGCAGACUUAUUGCUAAACACAUUUAUUGUAUUUUAUUAUUGCUGUGGAGCUCUGUUAUACACUCAGACACAGCAACAAUAUUGAGCUACUGCAAAAGAGGGACAUUAUGAUACAAAAGAGGGACAGAGGGAUUUCGGCCCACAAUAAGGACUGUCUCCCCUAAAUAGGGACGCUUGGGAGGUAUGCAUCCCCCAACAUACAGCCUUCUCACAUACAAAAUACACACAACCCUGACACAUACAGCCUCCCCAUCCACAGAAAUACACAGCUACCCCACAACAUUCCCAUACACACACACACACACACACACACACAACAACUACACAGCUACCCCACAACAUUCCCAUACACACACACACAACAACUACACAGCUAACCCACAACAUUCCCAUAUACACACACACAACAAAUACACUCCACACAACAUUCCCAUAUACACACACACAACAAAUACACAGCUACCCCAUAUACACACACACAACAAAUACACAGCUACCCCACAACAUUCCCAUACACACACACACACACUCCACACAACAUUCCCAUAUACACACACACAACAAAUACACAGCUAACCCACAACAUUCCCAUAUACACACACAACAAAUACACAGCUAACCCACAACAUUCCCAUAUACACACACAACACACACACUCCACACAACAUUCCCAUAUACACACACACAACAAAUACACAGCUACCCCAUAUACACAGACACAACAAAUACACAGCUAACCCACAACAUUCCCAUAUACACACACAACAAAUACACAGCUAACCCACAACAUUCCCAUAUACACACACACAACAAAUACACAGCUACCCCAUAUACACACACACAACAAAUACACAGCUACCCCACAACAUUCCCAUAUACACACACAACACACACACUCCACACAACAUUCCCAUAUACACACAUACAGCAAAUACACAGCUACCCCAUAUACACACACACACAACAAAUACACAGCUACCCCACAACAUUCCCAUAUACACACACAACACACACACUCCACACAACAUUCCCAUAUACACACACAACACACACACUCCACACAACAUUCCCAUAUACACACACACAACAAAUACACAGCUACCCCAUAUACACACACACAACAAAUACACAGCUACCCCACAACAUUCCCAUAUACACACACAACACACACACUCCACACAACAUUCCCAUAUACACACACACACACAACAAAUACACAGCUACCCCACAACAUUCCCAUACACACACACACACACUCCACACAACAUUCCCAUAUACACACACACACAACAAAUACACAGCUAACCCACAACAUUCCCAUAUACACACACACAGCAAAUACACAGCUACCCCAUAUACACACACACACACAACAAAUACACAGCUACCCCACAACAUUCCCAUACACACACACACACACACUCCACACAACAUUCCCAUAUACACACACACAACAAAUACACAGCUACCCCAUAUACACACACACACAACAAAUACACAGCUAACCCACAACAUUCCCAUAUACACACACACAACAAAUACACAGCUAACCCACAACAUUCCCAUAUAUAUAUAUAUAUAUACACACACACACACACACACACACACACACACACACACACACACACUCCAGCCUCCCCAUACAAACACUAGGAUUGCAUUCUGUGUGGACACAGCGGCAUCUGCUGGCUGUUUCGGGAAUUACAGCGCCAGGGUCUUGUUUUACAAGGAAAUAAAUAAACUACAUUUCCGACAAUGCAUUGCGGCGGGUGUGGCUGUAAGCUCAGGUUCCCGGAUGUUAGGGCUGUAAGGAACUUCCCACGGCCGGUACAGGAAGUGAAGCGGCGCGAGUCAGACCAGGAAGUGGCUGGGAGGCGGUAAGCGACAGCUCUGGGGUCCCUCCGGCGGUGGGGAGAGUCCAUGUAGGAUCAAUGGACAAUGUAUGGGGGGGCUGGGGGGCUUGGGGUCACCUGGAGCUCACUGUAUACACAGAACAGAUAAUGGGGGGGCUGGGGGUCACCUGGAGCUCACUGUAUACACAGAACAGAUAAUGGGGGGGCUGGGGGUCACCUGGAGCUCACUGUAUACACAGAACAGAUAAUGGGGGGGCUGGGGGUCACCUGGAGCUCACUGUAUACACAGAACAGAUAAUGGGGGGGCUGGGGGUCACCUGGAGCUCACUGUAUACACAGAACAGAUAAUGGGGGGGCUGGGGGUCACCUGGAGCUCACUGUAUACACAGAACAGAUAAACUGAACCAGAUAAUGGGGGCGGUCAGUGAUAAUGGGAAGAUAUUUAACAAGGUCAGGGUGCAGAAACCAAUGCUCCCCCCAAUUUUUCUAUGUGUUUUUUUUUUUUUUUUUAUAUCAUUAACCCCCUCUGACUCAUCCCCAUAGGCAGAUAAGAAUUCUGGUUUGGGAAUUUUUUUGUAUGGUCCUGGGAGGGGGGGAGGGAGAUUUAAUUAGUGUGAUCAUAUCUCCUGAUUUUACUAUUCCUGGAGCCUUGUGUAUGGCUGCACGUACAUAAUUUCUUUCACUUAAUUUGAAUUACUCUGCGAGCUGUAAACAAAGAUGUAGUGUUGUCAUUCCCCACUCCCCAUUCAGAGCUUAUCACCCCCAAAAUUCAGAGUUUAACCUUAAGUGGGAGAUGUGUUAAUGUAAUUUCACAAUAUACCUAAUGUAUCUUGCAUGAUAAGCUAGGGAGUGGGGUUUCACAUUUGCAUUGAAACUGCUUCUUUUUUUUUUUGCAAGAUAAUCCAGGGCAGGCAUGGGCAUCCUUUGCACUCCAGCUGAGACUUUGCCAGAAUAAGAGCAUUGUGGGAGAUGUAGUCCACAACAUCUGGAGUGCAAAGAUUGCCCACCCCUGCUCUAGGGGAACAUUCCAUUAUUUGAAAUGUUUAUAAUUCCUUACAUAUAGGUCAAAAGCAAGUUUGUUUAGUUAUUUAUUGAGGUUGAUAAAAUGACUACCACUGAAUACAGUUAAUGUAUUGACAGAAGUUACUGUUGCCACUCUGGUUAAGUUUUUCCCCAAACAGCUAGGAUUUCCAGAUUCUGCUGUGGUUACUAACCCCAAGUUCCACAUUCUGACAGCGGUGAAUGAAUAAUUAUGUGACUUCCUCUGAUUGCAUGUAAUUAUUAAACGCUGGCAACUAAGACCGUCUGUAGAUCUUAAAAUAUUAUUGUGGAAUUCAUAACAAAACUUAUGGCCAGGGUUAAAGUUUCCAUUACCAAUUGACGUGCGAGAAUUUAGCCGUGGCGAGUAGAAAUUCAUCCCGCUCUCUAAGCUUUACGUAGCAAGUAAGUUUUAAGGACUGGCUAGUAUCAUAGUACCUGAAAUGUUAAAGGAACACUAUAGUGUCAGGAAUACAAAUGUGUAUUUCUGACCGUAUAGUGCUGGUGUGGCUGUUUAGGCACCAGGCCCCACUCUGAUCACCCCAGAAAAGGUCACUUUACUCACUCUCACUCUUUGCUGGAGCUAGACCCACCUCCAUGGUGGAUGUCAUCAGUUUUGAUUAUCUCAACCAAUCCAAUGCUUUCACAUAGGACAGUGUUGGGAGGCUAUUGCGCAUGUACAGCAAAAUGCCGCGCUGCAACAAUCUGCAUAUCCUCAUAUAGAUGCAUUAAAUAUAUGUUGUCUAUGAAGAACUUUCUGUCUCCAUGCAGAGCACAGAGACACUGAACGCUAGUGCUGCACAGGCAGUGUUGACAUUAAAAAGCCCGCAGGGACAUACUAUAUACACCAGAGCCACACUAUAUACACCAGAGCCACUACAUUAAGCUGUAGUUGUUCUGGUGACUAGUUGUUCUGGUGACUAUAGUGUCCCUUUAAGCCCUGUUAUAACUACCCUGGAAAACAUGCCAAAGCUUGCAUGUCUACUCACAGGUAAUAUAGCUUAAAGGAACACUUUCAUUAGAAAUGCAGACACGUGUUGUACUGUUAAGUGGAAUUAUUGACCCCUCCCCAGAAGCAACAAAAUUAGGUUGUUUAAAUUGGCACUUCACCUUUGACUGAGAUCAUUACUGGUGACCAACUAAUCCAGUGCUGCCUUCCAGGGAAGCAUUGGGUGGCCAGUGCCCAUGCGCGGCAGUCACCGUGCUUUUCAUUAGAUAUAUUGACUUAAGGAGUCUGCAUGCAGAGCAGCCGAUGCUGAACGUUGGUCCUGCAUAGAUUGCAGAACUGUAACCAGGAAACCCCUCUAGUGGCUGUCCGAGUGCCAGCCACUAGAGGUGUACUUGGGCAAAAAUUGAAACACCUCUUGCUUUUCUGAAAAGUCCGUGUUUACACUGCUGAAACUACAGAAACUGUCUCUUUGCACUAGAACCACUACAUUAAGCUGUAGUGGUUCUGGUGUAUGUAGUUUCCCUUUAAAGGGGAACUCUAAGCACUAAAACAACUUUACUUUAAGCAGUUUUGGUGUAUAGAUCAUGCCCUUGCAGUUUCACUGCUCUAUUCCCUGCCUGUUGUGAGUUGAAUCGCUAUUUUAUGCAGCCCUAGUCACUCACCCCUUAUCUGUGACUCACACCGCCUCAAUACACACUUAAUUUAUUUUUCUGCUUGUUUUAUUGCAAAGUGUCUUUAAUUUAGAAUUUCUUAUCUCUUACUCUCAUAAUAGCCUACUAUAGCCUGCAACAGACUCCUGUGAAUAUUUAAAGUUCAAUUGCCAGCAGUAGACAAAAACUUCAAAAGUAAACACACCGUGCCUAAGAUCUGUUUGAAAAUAAAACCUUUUUUUUCCUGGAGGCCAUGUGAGUCACAGCCAGGAGAGUGGUAGCUAGGACAGCAUUAACAUAAACAAAUGUUUUUUUUAAUUCCAAAUUGACGGCAAACUAUGCAGUGAAACAAUAGGAGCAUGAUCUAUACACCAAAACUGCUUCAAAUAAAGGGAUAUUAUAGUGCUAAUACAAAUCUGUAUUCCAAGAACUAUUGUUCCCUCUGCAUCGGGUAAACCUGUGUAGUCUCUUUAGCUAAAAAUUGCCCAACCUGAAAGCUAGACUGACAGAACCUUAUAAUGAUGUGAGCAGAUAAUACAUUUUUGUUCAUAUUACUAAGCCUGAAGCAGUCAUACUCUCCACUUGGACACCUCUAAUUUCACCAGAGUUUUAGUCUGGAGUUAGUUCCCAGCUAAAUUAAUGGAAAGCUCUGUAAAUGUGGCGAAUAUGACCUAAAUGAAUACAUAUUUAGGACAUUAGAAAAGCUUUACCUGACAUAGCCAGAACUGUGUCAUGUUUAUAAACAACUUUAGAAUUAAUGUGCAAAACUCAAAUUCUACUGAAUUUAAGUAAAUAUGGUUAAAAAAAUUAGGCAAAAAUUGCAAAGCUAUGAGUAUAGCCAAAAUGGCAAAUGUUUCCAGAUCAGAGAUUUUAUCCUCCAUUUUGCCCUCUUGGAUUUAAUUCAGUACAAUUUGGUGUUUAGUCAGUAACACUGUAUUGCUUGUAAUGAGGAUGGUGUCUUAAGGUUUAUGAAACCACAAAAAGGUUAACGAAACUAUUGUCAUUUGUUCACUGUUGUCACGUUUUGACAUUUUAUUUCCUCUUUCUUUUGAUUUUUUUACCAUGAAAUACAGUUUAACUUCAUGAAGAAUGCAGACCAUCAAGUGCGUUGUAGUUGGUGAUGGAGCGGUUGGAAAGACGUGCCUUCUUAUCAGUUAUACCACCAAUGCCUUUCCAGAGGAGUACAUCCCUACAGUAUUUGACAAUUACAGUGCUCAGAUGACCGUGGACAGCAGGACGGUUAGCCUGAACCUAUGGGACACUGCGGGCCAGGAAGAGUACGAUCGCCUGCGUACUCUCUCCUAUCCUCAGACCAACGUUUUUAUCAUAUGCUUUUCUAUUGGCAGUCCAUCUUCUCAUGCGAACGUACGACACAAGUGGCACCCCGAAGUGUCCCAUCAUUGUCCUAAUGUGCCAAUAUUACUUGUGGGUACCAAAAAAGAUCUUCGAAAUGAUGCAGAAACCAUAAAGAAGUUGAAAGAACAGAGCCUUGUUCCCACCACACAUCAGCAAGGAUCAUCACUGGCAAAGCAGAUAGGGGCGGUGAAAUAUCUUGAAUGCUCUGCAUUGCAUCAGGAGGGGGUCAGAGUUGUAUUUGAAGAAGCCGUUCGAGCAGUUUUAUAUCCCGUGACAAAGAAACACAUCAAGAAGUGCGUCCUUCUAUAGUGCUGUGUGCUGACCAUAGAAAUGUUGAUUUUAAAGAAAAUAUAUAUUGGUUUUUAGCACAAGAUUUUCGGUGGUAUCCCUUUUAUCCUCAGCUUGCACUAACAGCUCGUAACUGGGUUGCGUGGAGUAGAAUCAUGCCGCUUAUAGCUUUUCCUAAAAUGAAUAUGGCAGCAAACUAACGCAAUGUAGCAGUUAAGAGGAGAAGACACAAGAUGCCACCAUGUUCUUGGAUACAAAUCUCCUAGCUCUUACACACGCCAGCCUUGCACUUCUGACUGUAAUUAUCUGUGCAUCCUAUUGCUUACCAGGGAUUAACAUCCUGCUAUGAAAAAUAUCUUCAAAUAAUAUUUUAUACUUUUCUUACUUUUGCCACUAUUAAAGCUUAUCAGUGCAAUUUUGAACAUUUUUUUUUUCCAUACCUGCAGAAAAUUCUCCAAAAAGGAAAGGACUUGAAAGACUUGAUUAAACAGAUCAGCAUUUUUUUUUUAUUAUUUUUUUUUUCCUGUGUUGCUGGAUUACAGAUUUCAACUCCAGUAAAUUCUGGUAAAACACUGUGUAACCGUAAGGGGAGGUAGGGAGUGUUUUUAUCCCUUUGAGUGCAUGAGGUCUCUGUCUCCUGCCUCUGGAAUUCCAAAGGGUUAAACGAGCUUCAUAUAUCUCUGUAUCACAGGUUAAACUCUUAUUAUUAUAAUUUUUUAUUUUACCGUAAAACUCAGGGCUGAUAAAUGUGGUUGUAAGACAGAUCUUAUUUUCCUUGUGAAAAUUAGAAUGUGUUUAGAGAGAGGGGAGAUCUAUAAUUAAUCUACUUUUGAAAGAUAAUUAAAACUAUUUGUAUUUAAGACAUAAAAAUGCAAAUUUUCUCCCAGAUAUCGAUGAACAUUAAAAGAUGGUGUUGCUUACUGUAUUCUGUGCACCCCUCACUGCACCUACAGGGCUCUUUUGCCUAGUGCCAUCUGUGUAUACUGACAAAUAACGGUUACAAUGCCACCUCUUUCUAGAAUGAUGCUAAUGGCCAGAAGUUUGAUUCGGCCAUGUACAUUGACAUCCUUUUCAACUUGAUAUCUUUGGUUUCAGCCUGUGUUUUGGCAUCAUAUUAGCUGCAGAGCAUUUGUCUCGAGUCUCAGGUGGAUGGGACAGAACCAUCCCAAAGCAGAAUAUAAUUCUGCUGACGAUUUAAGUCAUGAAAUAAAGGAGGCUUAGAUAUGAAAUGUCACUGUGGUCCUGCGCGACCAAACGUUCAUACGUUUAGGUAUAGCAUUCAAAGCAUACUUUAAACGUACAGAGCAGAGACUGUGCUUCUCUUUGUGCUAAUACUGCCUCUUAAAUCUCUGUUCUCCAAAAAUGAUUUUUGUAUAUUACACGGUGACUUAAAAACAAUUAUAAAGAGGCCAUACAUUUCAAAACAGAGUGACUUCAUAGUAUGCUUAAAAACCAUCCAAGUCAACAUACUCUGCAAAGUACCUAAAAGUGCCUUUUGGGUUUGAAAAUAUGUACGUAAGUCCUUUUUUUAUACCUUAAUAAAUACAGCAGUUUAAUCAGCUGUGAUAUUUUAUAUUUUACGCAAAUACUGUACUCCAUAAUUAAAUAAUGGUACUUUCUAGUUAAAUAUCUGUUAUUCUUCUUCCUUACCAAAGAGCAAUCCACUUAGGAUGUAGACCACAAAUGCAGGAGUCAUUCUUACCCAAGCCCCUCCUCCUCCUUUCAGCAGCCCCUUUUUCAAUACGUUUCUCUGAAAUAUGAAAGUGCAGGGGUAUUACACAACUGACGAGACGUACAAUGUGAAUAGGGCUUGUCAGAAGCUCUUCUAUGUCUGUGAGUAAAUGGAAGAUUUAAUGCCAGCACAAUGUGUAUUGUCUCCAGUAAUUGAAAAACCACUCUAAUGCUUUGGAAAUUAUAAAGUGUUUUUCUUUGAUUUUUAUCCUUUUUUCAAAUUUCAGGAAUGUAUAUUUUAUGCAGUUAAGAACUAAAUUUUCUAAUCUAACUCGUAUCUCAUGGUUCGAUUUUCAUAUAACAAUUAUAUUUAUUUAAAGGACUCCUAAUAAAUGGUACUUUGAAU